AAUUCAGUCUCACCACUAUAAAUUGAUUCGAGCUCCUAUCCUCGAUUAGGGUUUUGCAACUGGGCGGCGGCAUCCAAUCUCAGCGUCAGAGAGGAUGGGUGUGUACACUUUCGUUUGCAGAAACUCGGGCGGCGUAUGGAGCGCGAAGCAGACUACUGGUGAUCUCGAAGGCGAGGCUUCGUCGACAUACGAUCUCCAGCGGAAUCUCGUGCGGGCUGCAGCGGCUGUCGACUCGUCCGGCGGCGUGCAGUCCUCCUUCUCAUUUGUCACGCCUUCGUCCGCUGUUUUCCAGGUUAUAAUUGGUGGUGGUGGCGGCGGUGGUGCAUUCAUUGGUGGUGGUGGUGCUUCGGGUGGUGGAGCUGCCAGUGGUGGGGGUGCUGCUGCAGCUCCUGAGGCGCCUCCUGCUGAGGAAAAGAAAGAAGAGAAGGAAGAGAGUGACGAUGAUAUGGGUUUCUCCCUUUUUGAUUAGGUUUUAUUUGCUAGUUUCUCCUACUUUAUGAAUCAUCUUCUUAAGAAGACAUCUUUGGCUGCUGUCAAAUUUGAAUUUCUGUUGUUCAUUGUGAUGAUAAGAUAUUUUUUUCUUUUUUGAGCUUGCUUUGCUUAUGUGGCUCCUAUUUUGAGAUUUGAGACAUUUUCUUACUGUUUUUGUUCUGAGAAAGUAGAUUCUUUUUAA